UUCUGAGCAAGCAAGCGCUUCAAGAUAUCUACUGGUCUAUGCUAGGCCAGCGCUCUGCGGCACCGCCGCGAGCUCCUGGCCAGCCCUCCCGAGGAGGUAGGACUUCCCUGCUGGAGGCCAAUGGGAUCCCCCAGGGCGAGGAGGAGGAGGAGGAGGAGGCGGAGGAGGAGGAGGAUCGAGGAGAAGGAGGAGGAGGACCCCCUCCUGCUGGACGGAGGCGCUGCCGGGCCACCCCCAAAGUCCCCCCGCCGGCUCCGCGGCGGAAGGCUCCGCCGCCCGGGGCCCUACCCACCACGGGGCCCGGGCGGCCGCCCCGCCGGCGCGAGGGCCGGGGCGGCGCCGGCUCACGGCCACUCCGCCAGCGCGAGCUCCCCGCAGCUCUCGAUCACCACCUGCUCGUGGGUCUCGCCGCCGC